GCUUGCCAGUUCUCUCCCACUUCCGUCCAUCUCUCCAUCUCCCCUUCCCCUGGAAAACAUGCUUGCCGAACCACUGAAUAACAACUAAUACCAUUUAAUCCAUGCAGGAACAUAAAGGAGCAGACUAUCAUAAAUAUUAAUAAUGAGAAGGAGACCUGGAAUUGGCGGGUUACAAACAGCUGCUGCUGCUAGGGAUCAAUAUCGAUUACUAGGAGAAAAUGUAGCAAAGUUAAGAACUGAUCUUAUGAAAGAACAGCUCGCCACUUUUCGCUCUCAGCUUGAAGAAUUUGCUCGUAAACACAAGAAUGAUAUUCGCAAGAACCCAACUUUCAGGACUCAAUUCCAUGAGAUGUGUGCUAAAGUGGGAGUGGAUCCAUUGGCCUCAAAUAAGGGUUUCUGGGCAGAACUCUUAGGGAUUGGUGACUUCUAUUAUGAACUUGGGGUACAAAUUGUUGAGAUUUGCUUGGCAACAAGACCUCACAAUGGAGGUUUGAUCAACCUGCAGGAACUCUGCACUCUGCUUCGUCAGAAACGAAAAAGUGAUCGUGAAGCCGUUUCUGAAGAUGACUGCUUACGUGCUAUAAGUAAGCUUAAGAUAUUAGGUAGUGGUUUUGAAGUGAUUUCUGUCGGUAAGAAAAAGCUUGUUCGAUCUGUUCCAACUGAACUGAACAAAGACCAUAAUGAGAUUCUGGAGCUGGCUCAGGCUCAAGGCUUUGUGACUGUUGAGGAGGUAGAGAGGCGGCUUUCUUGGACAUCUGGCCGUGCUAUUGAUGCCCUUGAUACCUUAUUAGAUGAAGGUCUUGCGAUGAUUGAUGAUGGACAUAAGGAUGGCAAGCGCCGCUAUUGGUUCCCCUGUGUGGCUUCCAUAUCCUCUGCUAUAGGGGCUGAUGUUUAACAUGGGCUUUCUCAUUCACACACAUUAUACUUGUACCAAAAUCAUAAGGUGCAAAAGGUAAUUUAAUGUUGCUUUAUUCAUUUCACCCGUCUGGAAGUAAACUAGCCACAUAAAAAUGUAUUUAACUGCCAAUUUCACUUGAGUUGAUAUAAAAGAAUCGAUUUCCCAA